AUGGGUACGCACCAUUGGCCACCGGGUCAGGCCGAGACCAGCCCGGCGACCCACCGUCUCCUCGCCGCCGCCAAUUACUUCCUCCGUGACCGCAACUUCUCCGACUGCCGGAACUACGCCCUCCGCGCACGCGACUCCGACACGACCCACCCGGCCCCCACCGCGAUCCUCGCCGUGGCCACCGUCCUCUCCGCCCCAGCCAUAUCCCCGUCCCGUCACGACUACUACGCCGUCCUCAGCCUCCCGCAUUUCGAGCCCAACGACUUUCGUAUCCGGGACAGUUUCAGAACCCUAGCCUCCAAUCUGAACCCCAGAGUGAACUCCUACCCGUUCGCGGACGAGGCCUUGCGACUGAUUCUGACGGCGUGGUCAGUGUUGUCUAACCCUGAAGAGAGGGCCAGGUUCGACGAGGAGCUGAGGACGAGCCUGUCCGCUUCUGAUGGUGGCAGCCGACACGACAAUUGUACGUCAGGGAAUGAUGCUGGUACGUUCUGGACGAUUUGCCCUUAUUGCUAUUACAUGUACGAAUUCGAGGGGGUUUAUAUGGAGUGCUGUGUGAGGUGUUCGAACGAGAAGUGCAGAAAGGUGAUGCACGCGGUGCCUAUCAGUGGGCCCCCGCCACCGCCAGACGUGGUGGAGAAGGGCCAGUACUUGUGUACCGCUUCUGAUGGUGGCAGCCGACACGGCAAUUCUACGACAGAGAAUGAUGCUGAUACGUUCUGGACGAUUUGCCCUUAUUGCUAUUACGUGUACGAAUUCGAGGGGGUUUAUAAGGAGUGCUGUGUGAGGUGUUCGAACGAGAAGUGCAGAAGGGUGAUGCAUGCGGUGCCUAUCAGUGGCCCCCCGCCGCCGCCAGACGUGGUGGAGAAGGGCCAGUACUUGUGUACCGCUUCUGAUGGUGGCAGCCGACUCGGCAAUUGUACGUCAGGGAAUGAUGCUGGUACGUUCUGGACGAUUUGCCCUUAUUGCUAUUACGUGUACGAAUUCGAGGGGGUUUAUAAGGAGUGCUGUGUGAGGUGUUCGAACGAGAAGUGCAGAAGGGUGAUGCACGCGGUGGCUAUCGGUGGGCCCCCGCCGCCGCCAGACGUGGUGGAGAAGGGCCAGUACUUGUGUACAGGGUUUGUGCCUUUGGGGUUUUCUGGUGGUGGUGGUGGUGGGAAAGUCGUGGAGAAAUUAUGGGCCCCAUUUGAGGCUCGGGCAGUAGGGUCGAGUAGUAAGAUGGGAGAUCAAAAUGCUGCUAGUAAUGGAGAAGGGGCUGUGAUUAAUGUUUAUGAUGAAGAGAUGGUGCGAACUGAAGGUGUUGGAACAGUUGGUAAAGAAUUCAUGGAUCUCAACCAUGGUGAAAGGGAGAAAUUUGAAAAUGGCGAAAUGAAAGAUUUAAACGGUGAAAGGUUUAUGAGUGGGAAUGAGAUUGGGUUCAUGGAGAGUGGUGUGAAGGAGGGGAGAACGAGGAGGAAGAAAUCUGUGCUGUGGAACUCGAAGAAGCUGAUGGGAAGAGGAGUUGGGAUUGAUGAAAAUCAGGCUAACUUGAUUUAUGGAUCUGGUGAAACUGGGGAUUCGAAUGUGGUUGAAAACAGUGAAGAGGAGUUGGAGCUUGGGGUUGAAGGUGAAGUGAGCAAUGAUGUUGUGAUUGCGAGUGGGGUGGGGCUUUUCGAGGGGGAUGAUGAUGUGUUGCUUGGUCUGCAGUGUGAUUUCGACUUGAGUGAUAAGGAGCGUGAGCUUUCAAAUGUUUAG